UUUUUUUAGUUUUUUUUAUAUUUUAUUUGAAUAAUGCCGAAAUAUUAUUGUGAUUACUGCGAUGUAUACCUUACGCACGAUUCCUCUUCAGUGAGGAAAGCUCACAAUAAUGGCAAAAAUCAUAUUAUGAACGUAAGGAACUAUUAUGCUGAGUUAGGACAAGAUAAAGCACAAGCAAUUAUUGACGAAAUCACAAAGGCAUACGAACGAGCUGGACAAUCGGGAUUUCCACCUCAAUAUGGAUAUGUUCCCGGUAUCCCACCAACGCCGUCUCCGGCAGUCCCAGUUGCAGCAGCUCCUCAAUUUGGCGCCCCGGCACCAAUAAUGUUAGGUCGUCCUCCCACUGGAGUCGGUGCACCUGGCACUGUUCCUGCUCCAGGACUUUCAGCACCACCUCCAGGCAUAGGAUCAGCACCACCAGGAAUGGGAGCACCUGGGGUUGGAGGUCCACCUUCAAGUGCACCAAUGAUUGACACUGAAACAUCACCAGGAAUUCGACCACCUAUGGUUUCACCUACAUCGUUGGGUCCAAAUUCGACAAUGCCUUCAAAUCAACAAUAUGGUACACCAACAGGAUACAUGAGACCUUCAGGUCAAAGUCCAAUUGGAGGAUAUCCCACAACACAAGGUCCUCCUGGAUCUCAAGGUAGUAUUCCUCCAGGUAGUGUUCCUCCUGCUUCUGUGCCACCUCCCGGUGGUGCUAAUUAUCAACAAUAUCCAGGUGGACAUUCUUCACAGCAUUAUCCACCUGCUAGCAAUGGAUCAAAUUCUUCUAGUUCUUUACCGCCUCAACCUUCAAGAGGUGUUAAAAGACAAAUGGAAGAAUAAACAUAUAUUUUUCUCAUUUAUUAUUCUUUUUCUUUAUUUCAGUACUGACAGAUAUAUGGCAAGUGCAUUUUGAUUCUUAUUAUUUAAAAAGUUAUAUGCUUACAAUUUAAAUUGCUUUUAAGUCUUUUAACAAAUAGAAAUUAAAGAAAACUCAUUUGUGAUGAUUUAAAUCAGGAAAAAUUAUUGGAUGAAAUAAGGAAAGAAAGUAAUAGUAGUAAUAAAGUAGUAAUUUUGCAUAUUAUAAACAUUAAUAUAUAGAUAUGUUUUUG